AUGGAGCCGCUGUUCCUGGCCUGGAGCUACUUCAGGCGCAGGAGGUUCCAGCUCUGCGCCGAUCUGUGCACGCAGAUACUGGAGAAGUCCCCUUGUGACCAGGCAGCCUGGAUUUUGAAAGCACGAGCACUGACUGAAAUGGUGUACGUAGAUGAAAUUGACAUAGAUCAGAACGGAAUCGCAGAAAUGAUGCUGGAUGAGAAUGCUAUUGCUCAAGUUCCCCGUCCUGGAACAUCUCUGAAACUCCCUGGAAAUAAUCAGACAGGAGGGCCUAGCCCCGCGGUCAGGCCGAUCACUCAGGCUGGAAGACCCAUUACAGGUUGUCUGAGGUCCGGCACGCAGAGCGGAAGACCAGGCACUUUGGAGCAGGCCAUCAGGAUGCCGAGGACUGCCUACACUGCCCGCCCCAUUGCCAGCUCGUCUGGGAGGUUUGUCAGGCUGGGAACGGCUUCCAUGCUUACAAGUCCUGAUGGACCUUUUAUAAAUUUAUCUAGACUGAAUUUAACAAAAUAUGCCCAGAAACCUAAAUUGGCAAAGGCUCUGUUUGAGUAUAUCUUUCAUCAUGAAAAUGAUGUUAAGACUGCUUUGGAUUUGGCUGCCCUUUCCACGGAGCAUUCUCAGUACAAGGACUGGUGGUGGAAAGUGCAGCUUGGAAAAUGUUACUACAGGUUAAGAUUGUAUCGUGAAGCAGAGAAACAGUUUAAAUCAGCCCUGAAGCAGCAGGAAAUGGUAGAUACAUUUCUCUACUUGGCAAAAGUUUACAUCUCAUUGGAUCAACCCGUGACUGCUAUAAAUCUUUUCAAACAAGGCUUAAACAAGUUUCCAGGAGAGGUAACCUUACUUUAUGGAAUUGCCAGGAUUUAUGAGAAAAUGAACAGUAUAUCAUCAGCCACUGAAUACUACAAAGAGAUUUUGAAACAAGACAAUACCCAUGUGGGAGCCAUUGUGUUCAUUGGGAUUGACCACUUCUACGCUGAGCAGCCAGAAGUAGCUCUCCGGUUUUUCAGGCGAGUCCUCCAGAUGGGUGUUUACAACUGCCCGCUUUUUAACAACCUGGGGCUGUGUUGCUUCUACGCCCAGCAGUACGAUAUGACUCUGACCUCGUUUGAACGUGCCCUUUCUCUGGCUGAAGAUGAAGAAGAGGUAGCUGCCGUCUGGUACAACUUGGGACAUAUUGCUGUGGGGGUAGGGGACAUGAACCUGGCCCACCAGUGCUUCCGGCUGGCUCUGGUGAGCGACAACAACUUUGCGGAGGCCUACAACAACCUGGCAGUGCUGGAGAUGCGGAGGGGCCACGUGGAACAGGCAAAAGCACUGUUACAAACUGCAUCAUCUUUAAUACCCAAUUUGUACGAGCCACAUUUUAAUUUUGCAACAAUUUCUGAUCAGAUUGGAGAUCUACAGAGGAGUUAUACUGCUGCUCAGAAGUCUGCGGCAGCAUUUCCAGCUCACAUGGACACAAAACGCUUAAUUGAGCAGUUAAAGCAGCAUUUUGCUGUGCUCUGA